AUGUGGUGCGUGUCCGGGGCGACGCCCGCCGCCGUCGCCGCCGCCGCGUCACGCUCGGCACCGCUGCGAGGCCCUGCGCCGCUCCCCGCGCUCGUGCUAAUGGGGACGGCGGCGACGACGGCGACGACGACGUCUCAGCGGCCCCGGCGCGCGGCGUCUGCGUCGGCGCCCACGUCGGCCUCGGCCGCGUCGUCGUCGUCAGCAGCUCCCGCCGGUCCGCUACAGCACCAGCUUCCCGGUCCGCUGCAGCACCACCCCCAGCGGCUCUCGUCAGCCACCGCCUGCAACGCACCCUCCCAUGCCUCCGUCUCACUACCCUUCCAGCUGUCCUUUUCCUCCGCCUCGCCCCAUUCCUCGUCUCCCCUAGCGCACCAGCCCCGUAGUCAGCAGCAUUACAACCAUCACCCCAGGCUUCAAAAGCACCUCCUGCAGCACCGCAGUCGCCUCCGUCACGACGCCGCCGUCAUCGUCGCGACCGCCCGCUGCGUCCUCGUCGACCUCGCCCCCGUCCGCCGCCGUCUACGUUCGCUGCCCGCAACCAUUAUCAUGGGCUCCGCAUCGCAGCAGACUCGCGCCCACGGCGGCCACGGCCACGGCCACGGCCACCACCACCACCACCAUGACAACUCGUACCUCAUCUCGGCAAACAAAAACGACUCGGGGGUCCGCAUCACCCGCAUCGGCCUCCUCUCCAACCUCGGCAUGGCCGUCGCAAAGUUCAUUGGCGGUUGGGCCUUUAAUUCAAAGGCCAUGACGGCCGACGCCUGGCACAGCAUCGCCGACCUCGCCUCCGACAUCCUGACCCUCGCCACCAUCUCCUGGAGCCUCAAGCCGCCCUCGGACCGCUUCCCCCUGGGCUUCGGCAAGGUCGAGAGCCUCGGCUCCCUCGGCGUCUCGGGCAUGCUGCUCUUUGGCGGCUUUUACAUGGGAUGGGAGAGUGCCCUCAGUCUCUUUGGCCACUUCAACCCCGAGGCUGCCCGCGAGCUGCUCGAGCACGUCGGCCACGGCCACGGCCACAGCCAUUCCCACAGCGCCGCCAGCCUCGGCAUCCCCAGCAUCCAUGCCGCCUGGCUGGCCGCCGGCACCAUCCUCGUCAAGGAAUGGCUGUAUCAUGCCACCAUGAAGGUUGCGCGGGAGCGCAGGUCGUCGGUGCUGGCGUCCAACGCGGUGCAUCACCGGGUCGACAGUCUGACGGGCAUCGUCACACUGGCGGCUAUCCUUGGCGCCAACGUCUUGGAAAGCGCGGCCUGGCUGGACCCCGUGGGCGGGCUGCUCAUCUCCAUCAUGGUGGUCAAUGCCGGGCUGCAGAACACAAAGUCGGCCCUGUACGAGCUGGCCGACCAGAGCAUCGACGACGAGGUCAAGGGCUCGGUCCGGAAGCAGGCACACCGGGCGCUGAGCAACAUCGUCGAGGGCCACGAGGCCGAGCUGCGCGACGUCAGCGGCGUCAAGUCGGGCCAAAACUACCUGGUGGACCUGGAGAUGGCGGUGCCCGGCGGGUGGACCGUCGACGAGAUGCGGACGCUCGAGGACCAGGUGCGGACGCAGGUGGGCGGCAAGGUCCGGGGCGUGCGGCGCGUGCGCGUGCGCUUCGUGUCGCGGGACGGGGUCGUCGGCGAGAGAUUCGACGAGUUCAUCCCGGGUUCGGUCCACGUCGAGGCGGAUCCGGAGCCCAAGGAGAAUGGCGCGGCGGUUGAGGAAAAAGGCACGACGACGACGACGGGGCACGACCACAGGCACUAG